AUGGUAGGUAUGAGAAGCAUAUGGAGCUCAUAUAAGUCGCCUCCACAACACACACGAUUUUCACCUCAGCAUUUUUUCCAGAUCUAUCAAGCUCCGCAAGGAAAAGUCACAUCUCCCAAAAUGAAAUUAGGAUACCUACUUCUGCAAGCUGGGCUCUCCAAUGCAGCGCUUAGAUUCGCCUGUUCAACAGUUUCAAUCCAACGUCUCGACCCUCUCGUCGAACCUGGCCAAAUCCCCUCUGCACAUGUCCACCAAAUCGUUGGCGGAAAUGCUUUCAACGCAACGAUGAAAGGGGAUAUCGGCGAGCAAGCAACUUGCACGACAUGCGCCUACACCGAGGAUUUAUCCAACUACUGGACAGCAGCCAUGUAUUUCAGACACGAAAACGGUUCAUACAAGCGCGUACCGCAGUAUCCUAAUGCCCAGCUAGGGUAUGAAGGCCAGGAUGCGCCUGAUAUCAAGGGUGGCAUGACUGUGUAUUACACACAGAAGGAUUUCAAUUCGAAUGGCGAUCAAUACAUCACCGCAUUCCCACCUGGCUUCCGCAUGACAGUCGGCAAUCCAGCCACGACCUCCCUCGCGACCCCAAAACAAAACGCAGGACUCGCCUACACCUGCCUCGAAACAAUCUUAACUCGAGGUUUCGAAACCCCCGACUUCCCAAGCAAGCCCUGCCCCGCCGGUAUCAUGGCAAUCCACCACUUCCCCUCCUGCUGGGAUGGCAUCAACGUCGACAGUCCCAACCACCAAUCCCACAUGUUUUCAACUCAACGAGGCGGUUUCCUUGAAGCCGCUCCAUGCCCAGCUUCACAUCCCGUCCGCACGGCACAAGUUGCGUAUGAGACAAUGUGGAAUACCACGGCGUUUGCAGAUAUGUGGCCGAAAGAUGGAUCGCAGCCGUUUGUGUGGUCGUUCAGUGACGGUAAGGGGUAUGGGACACAUGCGGAUUAUUUGUUUGGAUGGAAGGGAGAUAGUUUGCAGAGAGCGAUGAACGAUUCGUGUAUGUUCCAUAAGUGCGGGAGUCCGGGGAUGCAGGGGAUUUUGAAGACGCAGACGGUGGAGGAGAUGAAUAAGUGUGCGGUGCAGAGUACUGUUGUUGAGGAUUAUGAUGGGUGGGUUGAUGAGCUGCCGGGUCAGAAGAUGGCUCCAAUGGUGUUCAGAGCUUGA